ACUCUUAACACUUUGACAAACUUUCCAACGCUCCUUUAUUUCUACUUUUCUGCCUCACUCUUCUCUUCGGCUCAACCAAGGUCUACGUUCGCUCACCUUGCGCAUCUUUAACAAUGUUGGACAAAAUCGUCGGUCUCGCCAUGCUCGUGGCCGCUUCCGUCGUCUUCACCUACUACACCAUCUGGACCCUUCUCAUGCCCUUUGUCGACGACGAUCACCCUCUCCAAAACUUCUUUCCUCCUCGCGUUUGGGCCAUUCGCAUCCCCGUCAUUAUCAUCCUUCUCGGUUCCGCUGUUGUUGGCUCCUUCCUGAGCAUGGUCAUGAUUCGGAGCAACCAGAAGAAGGCUGCAAAGGCCAAGGCUGCCGCUAAGAAGGCCAACUAGACAAUCAAUAUGCCGAUUCAUAUACCUUUUAAUUGUUUACUGGCAUUAAAAGUCACCUAAUCGCACCACGGAACAUGACGACGUCCUGAACCUUGGAUACCGUGGGGCAUCAGCUUAUGCAGAAGAAAUAAAAGAGCACUAUGGGAAAUGGGCAUCUAAUGUGUUUCUAUUUAUUUAAUAAGGCAUUAUGACCUGUCAAAGAAAGAAUUCCGUGCU